AAAGUGCAAGUAACGACUUAAACUUAUAUUUACAAUGUUUCCGCGAUAACUUAAAGACAACACGUAUUCCUAAGACAAUUUAUAGAUUGUUUUUCACUUACUUUAUUGCAAGUUAACAUUAAAAACUAGAUAUGCAGAUGUUGCAAUAGGACUCCAUACUGUGACGUUACAUUUGGAAUUAUAAAAGAAUGUCUUGGUUAUUUGGAAAGAAGAAGAAAGACUCACCAACUGAAGUACCUGAGGAAGUAUCUGCUGCAACUCAAGAUGACUUCAUUAUGAUUGAAAAAAAUCAUAAUCGACAAGAUGAAAAUCUAGCACAGGGAUCUAAUUUAUAUCCAUUUCUUGAUGAUAAACCAACUGGUCCACCAAUACCUGUACCAAUACCGAAGCAUGCCAUAAUACCAGAUAAUAUUUUAGGUGAUUCACAAUCAUAUUUAAAUUUGAUUCCUUUUAAACUUAAAAAAGAAUUUGAAUGUGAUACCGAAAUCAACAGAAUUCAAGUUGAUGAAAUUUUAUCUUACAUAAUACGAGUAACUUCUGAAAAUUAUGAUUAUGAUUUUACUCUAGAAAAUAGUGUCAUAUCUGAAAUGCAAUCUACAUCAGAAUAGUUAAUAUUUAAUUGAAAUUAUUGGUAAUUAAUCAUCAAUUAAUAUCCUAUUAAAUAUAUAUAUUUUUGUAUGUGCCUAUGAAUUACUCAUUAUUUUUUUUAUUGAUAUAAUUUAUCAUGUUAGUGAAAUAUUGUAAAAUAUAUCUAAAAUCAAAAAUAUUAAAUACAUAUUAAACUUACUCAUAAAUAGAAGCUUUGUAUUAUGUAAAAUUUUUAAGUUAAGGUCGAAUAGUACGAUUUGGGAGUAUUGACCACUUUUUUCAUUGAAUAGACUGAUUUACUUACAACUAGUAAAUUUCGUAUUAAUUAAAAAAAAGAUUGUUCUGUAAAUAUAUAAAAAUGUUCUUUAUCAUGCACAUUUGUUGCUCAUUCACAU